AUGAACUCAAUAAAUAAUUCUCACCAUCUAUCAUUAUUUAAAACCACCACCACCACGAACAACAAUCAUACUUUAUCAUUUAAUCAAGUCCGUUAUUCAUCAUUAAAUCAAAUUCAAAAAUAUAAACAUUAUGAUCCAAUUAAAUCAAGAGUAACUAAAUCACCUCAUUUAGAUAAUAAUCCAUUUAAAAAAGGAGUUGUAUUAAGAAUAAUGAUUUUAAAACCGAAAAAACCAAAUUCAGCAUUAAGAAAAUGUGCUAGAGUAAGAUUAACUAAUGGUAAUGUUAUAAGUGCUUUAAUACCUGGUGAAGGUCAUAAUUUACAAGAACAUCAUGUUGUAUUAGUUAGAGGUGGUAGAGUUCAAGAUGUUCCUGGGGUUAAAUAUCAUUUGGUUAGAGGUGCUUUUGAUUUAGUUGGAGUGGCUAAUAGAGCUUCAUCAAGAUCAAAAUAUGGUGCUAAAAAACCCAAACAAUAG